AUGAGGCUGCUCUACAUCUCUCUUCUCUUCCUCUCUGUCCAGUCCUUUGUUCUGUCGCCAUCAAAUACUUCCCUAAAUCUUCCCCGCGAUCAAUUCGCCAUCCAAGAAUCCACUCUCAGCGGGAUUCUUCUUAUUCCACUGACCCAGGGAUUGAUCGGUCUAUCGGAUUCCGAAAAGAAGUCGUUAAAUAUCUCGGGUAACCUCACUGAAGUGAAAGCGGACAACUCACUUGGUCUCUCAUCUACUUCAAUCGCCUGUAUUCCUUGUGAUGCGUCAGCUUACUCUGGACCGUUAACUGCUUCUGAUACUCUUGACUACGUCGUCACCUCCAAACACCCCGCCUUAGCUGUCAUUCUAUAUAGUACAUCGGCAAUUCGCUGUAAUCUAACCACCGACAACCAGACCGAGGCUUAUCAGAAGAUAUUCACCGUUAUCGGAGCAAGAUCGGUCUCUACUUUACAGAGGUCUCUCAAUUCUACUCCUACUGCUACUAUUGUCUCAAUGUCGGGUGUCGCAUCUGGUUUUGAUCCCACUCCGACCUCUAGGUCGCCAGGGUCUUCUACCCAGACGAGUGGUAGCGGUCCCAAUACUGAAGCGAUGAUCAUCCUCUACAGUAUCACCGGUGUCAUCACAGCCCUCUUUUUGGGUAUCAUUGUCACGGGCGCUGUCCGUGCCCAUCGUCAUCCAGAGAGAUAUGGUCCCCGUAUCAUUGGAGCAGGACGACGACGAGCUAGGCAGAGUAGAGCUAGAGGUAUAGCACGAGCUAUGCUAGAGACAAUCCCUAUUGUCAAAUUUGGUGAUGAGGAUAAUGUCGCUGCUACAAAGAGGGAUAUUGAACUGGAGGGAGACGAACACAUUGCCGAUGUUGCCGAGGUCGGGCCAGAGGUAGAUGGAACCGAAACUCCAACUCCGAUCGCCACUGAUCGACCAACUUCCACCUCCACCGACUUGAAGGAUACUAAGCCUGAAGCGGGUAACGAGGGCAACUUUGUGUGUCCGAUCUGCACUGAUGAUUUCAUCAGGGGCCAGGACCUUCGUGUUCUGCCCUGUAACCAUCAAUUCCACCCAGAGUGUAUUGAUCCUUGGCUUGUGAAUGUCUCCGGCACUUGUCCUCUCUGCCGCAUUGACCUCAAUCCCAAAGAAGAAACUGCUGACCAACACGACAACGCCGAGCUCGGGGAAGCGGAAGUCCAACGCCAAGCAGAAGUACCAGGACAACGUCAAUCUCACCGAGUAUCGAGCUUAAUAAAUGGACGAGGACAUUUGGAUUUGCGCCGUAUGUAUGAUUCUACGGUCGAGGAACGCCUGCAUGCCCUACGCUAUCUCAGAGCAACACGUCAUGACGAGGAACAAUCCAGCAACCGCAUGUCUACGCGGUUCAGGGAUCGAUUCCGUAUCCACACUCGAGCCCAUGGCGUCGAGACCCCGGGCAGUGCUCCAACAACCCCGACAGUAACAGUACCACACCCCUGCUCACACCAACGAUUCAUGAAGCUAUUUUGA